GGAGGAGGAGGAGGAGGAGGAUAGAACGCGCGCUGGAGGCGACACCUGUCAAGUCGUUACUAAACACAGUUGGUUUAUUUUAAAAGACCGAGGCGCCCUGAAGACUUGCGGGAUAAACCGAGGUGGAAAUAGAGAUUAGUCGCACCUAUUGCCGCUGCUUUGCGCUCGGGGAGAGACGCGGAGCUGUUUGAAGGAGCAGAGAGGAGAAGAGGAGUGUGUAGCGGUAACGUUAUGACAAGACGUUUUGGAGUUGAAGUAGCGAAGUUGACGUAGGUUAGAGGGGAGCUAAGUGACAGCGAGAAGCCACGGUGGAGAGGAGAAAAAAGACGGGACUUUAUCCGAGGGUGGUGCUCUCUAACACUCAGCCAGCUGUCCUGCUGAAGCAAACACCAGUGACGUCUACCUUGGGGGAUACUAGAUGGCGGUGCAUUUCUGCUAACCUGUGGGGGAACUUUUCACACUGAGCAACGUGACUGGCCAUCACAGCGCUGCUCAGAGCAUACUACGUACAGUACACACGGCCAGCGUGCUUUGCUGCCUCUGAAGAUCAUCUGUGUGAACUGAAAAGGAAGUGAUCAAAAAUUUAACAGAGGAGAGUGAGGCAGAAAGUGAGAGGGAGGAAGAAAGAAACCUCUGGACUCUUACAGCCUGUAUUUUGCACCAGGCCAACCUGUCCAUCACAGCCUCAAACGUACUCAUUACCAUCACUGAACUGUGAAAUCUAUGUUGUAAUAAUUGUUAUAAUACAGCUAAUAACCGUAAGGACUCUUUGCUGGAUUUUUCUGAGCUGCGGAAAUCCCACUUAUUCUCUCCUUGUUGCUCAUUAAUUAAAUCCACUACCUGGUUACUGAAAGCAAGCGUAGCACAGCACUGUACUAUUUCUGCAUGACCCAGUGCUUGCAUGAGUAUCCAGGAUUGCUUUUGACUUCGAAGAAGAACCCUUGAGCCGUCAACCAUCUUCUGACUGUCUGCCCAACUGUAGCGUUUGGGUGUGGAGCGGUGGUUUCAGAAUUAGGCCUCUGGACACUCGUUGAAGAUGACUUGAGUUGGCAGGCCUAAAAGCCCCUUACCCCAGAGAGAAAGAGAGCUUGGCAGUAGGACACACACACACAACACACAAAUGUGGGUGCCGAGGCGGCUUUGAGCCAUGCUGGUGUUGCUACUCGCGGAGCCCUGGAGUACAGGCUAUCAUCAUCCCUAUCAUCAUUCACCCAAGCUGAGGAAGAUUCAACGGCCCCAAGGAGCGAGGCUACACUUGUGAACGAUUCAAAGAAGACUGGGAAACUGCGCUAACACACAGAGAUCCACAGAUACAUCCUCAAUCACACACACAGACACACUAACACUCUUCUCUACAAAUCCUUGAUACAGGAAAAACAAAGCUGCGGCGGACGUGAAAGGCACAGAGACUGAGCAGGAGCUGUGCACCAACAUGGCAGCUGAGAGUCUUGCUGAGCUCCGUGAUUGGCUCUUUCUGCUCCUCCUGUGCCUCACCUUAUUGGCUGAGGUGCUGGAACUGGCGGCAGCGGCAAUCGCCAUGGAGACGGGCGAGGGAGAUGAGGGCAUUGUUUGUCCCUCAGUGUGCCGCUGUGAUGAGGGUUUUGUCUACUGCAAUGACCGUGGCCUCAGCAUAAUUCCUCCACUACCACUAAUGGCUGCCAUCCUUUACUUGCAGAGCAACCGGCUGAGUAACGCUGGCCUGCCUCCCUCACUGGAACGCAGCACUUCCAUACGAGUGAUUUACUUGUAUGCCAACCAGUUGGAUGAAUUCCCUAUACACCUCCCGCCUUCGUUACGGGAGCUCCAUUUGCAGGAUAAUAAUAUACGAACGUUACCGAGAUCAGCUCUGGCCAAGUUACCAUUACUAGAACGUUUGCACCUGGAUGAUAACUCUAUAUCCACAGUUAGCAUCCAGGAGCGAGCUUUUUCUGGGACUCCACGGCUUCGACUGCUGUUUCUGUCUCGGAACCACCUUUCAAGCAUCCCUGCAGGCUUGCCAGCAUCCUUGGAAGAGUUGCGUCUGGACGACAAUAGAAUCAGCACCAUCCCCACACAUGCCUUUCGGGGGCUCUCCUCCUUGCGACGCUUGGUCCUGGAUGGGAACCUGUUGGCCAACACACGCAUUGCAGACGACACCUUUUCCCGUCUCUCCAAUCUGACUGAGCUGUCACUGGUGAGGAAUGCCCUGCAGUCUCCGCCAGUCUACCUGCCGUCGGCUCACCUCGUGCGACUCCAUUUGCAAGACAACGGAAUGACUCACAUACCACGAGGGGCACUGGACGGGAUGCGGCGGCUACAGAGGCUGGACCUGUCGGGAAACAAUCUAACCACUCUCCCGAGAGGACUUCUGAAGGACACCGAGAGCCUGGAGCUGCUACUGCUGAGAGGAAACCCCUGGUACUGUGGCUGCAACCUUCGCUGGCUCCACGCAUGGCUGCACAGCCGUGGGGCAGGGGUUACAGUCAGGGGUCUGACCUGUCAGGCGCCCGAGCCUGUAAGGGGCCAGGCCCUCAGAGAACUAACCUCCCUAAUGGAGCAAUGUGAAGGUCCCCCUGCUGGUCCCAGUAUUGGAAUGGGGAUGAACCCAGCUGAAAAAGACGGAGGGAGUGACGAUGGUGUUGGAGGGGGCCAAGCAGUCGCUUCAGUCCCCCAUGGCAGCACCACCACUUCCUCUCUACUGGUCCCCACACAAGGUUCCCUCUUCACCCUGCGAGCCAAGCGGCCAGGCCUUGUUAUGCCUCUGCCUCCCGGUGAAGGGGGACAGGUAUCUGGAGAGGCCCUGGAGCUGACUGUAAAACCUCUCUCCUCGGACAGUGUACUGGUGAGUUGGCUGUGCCCACAGCCGACACCCUCCUUCCGCCUGUCAUGGCUGAGGUUGGGCAGCAGUGCAGCUCUUGGUUCUAUAACAGAGACUCUGGUACCUGGAGAGAGGAGGCAGUACCUCCUCACACAGCUCACCCCACGCUCCCAUUACCUCAUCUGCCUGCUGCCACUACGACAGGAGUCCUCCUUUGGGGGUUCCAGCAUGGGUUCAUCUCGAAUUGGCAGCAUGGACACGGACAAUAAAGACUCUGCCCCAGCCUGUGCUCAGAUAGAGACUGGAGAGGCUCUGGUCAGCGCAGGAGGGGAGGGGUCAGAUAAAGAGGGACAGGACUCAGAACUAACAGCCCUGCCACUGGCCGGGAUCAUAGGGGGUGCCACAGCAUUAGUAAGCCUGUUGUUAAUCUUUGGCAUCUUCUGCUGGUAUGGACAAAGAGCAGGUUACGUGUCCGGGGACUCAGGCUCGUACAGCAGGGGCCGGGGUGGGAAACAUUAUGAUGACUAUGUAGAGUCAGGCACCAAGAAAGACACUUCCAUCUUAGAGAUCAGGGCCCCUCCUGCAGGGUUUCAGAUGACAGCUAUGGCCCAUCAGCCCCUGCAGCCUAAGCUGGAGGAUGUCACCUACAUCCACACCAUUUUCCCCUCCUCUUCCUCUUCCUCCCAAGCUAACGGGACCUACCGGAGCAGCCACGGAACCGGCAGCCUCAAUGGCACCAUCCUCAGCCAAACCAGCCACCAUCACGUUACUUAUGGUACCAACCGUGGCUACAGAGAGGGUGGCAUCCCCGACAUAGAUUAUGCCUACACGUGAUGAUACAGGGAUGCACUCCCUGAGCCACAAAUGCCAGGCGCCAUUUCUGUGAUGACGACCUCUUGGCCGGUGGCUGUUUUGUCCUUGGUUUCCAAAGUACCCUCUGUGCCUCUGCUGGUUCAAUUCUGAUUGGUUUGCUAAGUAGAAAAGACUGGUUUCAGCUAUCUUGAUUGGACAUUGCUAUUGAGUGACAGAAGUAACAGUCCUACUAUACUCUACUGCUGUAUACUACAUUAUACAGUAGGUCCUUCUUUCAGCGCUACUUAUAGUUAUAAAUGGUUAUGUUUUCUCUUUUGGAUAUCUCAGUGUCUUUCAAACCUACUGUUCUUCUCAGCUCAUAAUAAUACACAGUAACUUAUUUGAGGUUGAUAUACUAGGCUUAGCUGAUUUAGCAGGAGAUAUAUUUAUAAUACGAGGAAAAGGCACUUGAUGUGUAUAGAGAUAGCUCUCAUAUCUUCCUACCAACUGUAAGCUCUGUGCUGUAUAGAUAAAAGGGAUGACAGAGGGAGAAAUCAAUGGUUGUUAUAACCCACAGAUGACAAUGCAUCAUGGUUGACAUGAAAAGAUGUGUUUCUAGCCCCCUCCUUUUCCUCUAGUUUACUCCCCUCCUUUUUAAUUUUUCCUCCUUUCCGCCUCUUUUUUUUUUUUUGGCUGAGGCUCUUUCCUUUUAUUUCUCUCGUGUCUUUUGUGGUGCCGUGAGCAGAGGACGACUUUGUUCUCGCCAAGGGAGCUGACAGCAGUGAUAACAGUUCUGACAGAGACGGGAGACACAAACCACAGCAUGGGGAGACUAAUGAGAGGGAGAGAGGGAGCGAAAGACAGAGCGAGAGAGCGUCGGUAGGGGGGGUGAUGGAUGGAUGGAUGGAUGGAUGGAUGGAUGGAUAGA